AUGUCGACAGCGCAAUCCCCGACAACGAGGAGUGACGGCCAUCAAAUCGUCCCUGACCCACGCCAAGAUGGCGCUGGUCUCGAAACGUCGGCGCCGGCUGCUGCGACUUGCCUGUCCCCGCUCCUACAGAACGCGAGCGCCGUCUCUCGGACGCCUGAUGAGUCAUCGACUGCCUCCUUGGCACUUUCUCCAAGAGAGGGCGCGACUACUCAUGACCAUGCUCCACCAGCUACUGGACAGAGCGCAGCUGCCUUCCUGAAGGAUCCGCCAGCUCCCCCUGCAAAGCGCCUUGCCUCGAAAAAGAAGGGCAAGGGGAAGCGACGGAACACUCCUGGCAGCCUGCAGCCUCCAGCGACUGCUAUCACCUCGGGCCCAGCGGCUUCUCCACAGCAACAGGCGCCACUGAAGAACACCCCCACCAGUUCUCAAACCGCACUCUCCCUGGCACCCGAGAGCGGCGAACCAGCAGAGAACGCGUUCACCACCGUCCUCUCCAGGAACGCCCAGCGUCGCGCCAGGGCUCUACAAGCCGCCACCAUACCGGUUGACCCAGCGGUGGUCGGGACGGCCCUGUUCCGCCCUUCUGGCCCGGGAGGGGCCUUCGAGCGAGGAUCCCGCCUUGCUGUUGCCGCCGUGCUCUCUGCGCUACCAGGGGUGUCCGCGGUCCGGGUUAACACUAAAAGAAACAUCGUGGCCGCGGACGCGACCUCGCAAGCCUGCUUGGAGGAACUGCUCGCCACCACCGAGCUCCGAGGCAUUCCCGUUGCUGCUCGUCCACCAGCUGUCCGUGGAAACAGCACGGGCUUUAUACACGGCAUUGACGGAGAGACUACCGACGCAGAGCUGGCUGGUGCGAUCGAGUCCAGUGUCCCCAUCCUGUCUGCGACCCGCUCCGGCAACAAGGCGAUGCUUCGCUUUAGCAGCCCGGUCCCUCCCGAGCAUGUGUCCAUAUACAAGCUCCAGUUCCGGGUGAGGCCUGGAAGACCGCGCCCCCUGCAGUGCCAGCGAUGUGGCCGCUAUGGGCACGUGGCUGCAACCUGCGACAGACCUACCAGCUGCCUGCACUGUGGGAGGUCGCACGAGCGAGGAGAAAGCUGCCCAAAUGCCGCCCACUGCAAUAAUUGUGGUGGCAAUCACCCUGUUAAUACUCCUGCCUGCCCCAGGUGGCAGGAAGAACGUAGGGUGGCAACCAUCAUGGUGACCGCCCCUACUUCCCUCUCUCGUCGUGCCGUCCGGGCCUCUGUGCGGGAAGAGACACAGCAGGCGAAGACCUCCACGCAAUUCUCGUAUGCACAGGCCCUAACCGGCCGCUCACGAAUGCACCAGUCGGCGACGCUCCCUCCUGGCCAGCCACCCAAAGCAGCCCCACGGACCCUCCGAGCCGGACCAUCUGUAGCCACCACCACAAUCACGGAGGCACCAGCCACACCACCACCGCAGGCCUGUCCAGACCCCCGCGACCAGCUGAUCGCGAGCCUGCAGCUGACGCUGAAGGCCAUCGGAGAGAUGCUGCCUGCUGAUAGCCCACUCCGAGCCCUCUGCCUCCAGACGGGAGGCGUGCCAUCCACCCAACACCAGCAUGGCUAG